UACUACGUCUGAACGAAGCAAGAGCUGCAUUAUAGUCGAACUGCAUUGUGGGGGUAGAACUCCGGUGCUGUUUCUCUCGAAAGAACUGCGAAGAUGAUGCCCACACCGGUUAUCCUAUUGAAGGAGGGGACAGAUACGUCUCAGGGUGUCCCUCAGUUGAUCAGCAACAUCAAUGCUUGCCAGGUCAUUGCAGAGGCUGUCCGCACCACCCUGGGUCCUCGGGGCAUGGACAAACUCAUGGUGGACAGCAGAGGAAAAGCCACGAUCUCCAACGAUGGUGCGACCAUCCUGAAACUGUUGGACGUGGUUCACCCUGCAGCCAAGACCCUGGUGGACAUUGCCCGCUCUCAAGACGCUGAGGUGGGCGAUGGUACGACCUCAGUGACCCUUUUGGCUGCUGAGUUCCUGAAGCAGCUGAAGCCAUAUGUGGAGGAGGGUCUCCACCCGCAGACAAUCAUUAGAGCUUUCCGCAGUGCCACACACCUGGCCGUCAAGAAGAUCAAAGACAUCUCAGUCACCGUCAAGAAAGAUGACAAGAAGGAACAGAGGGAGCUUCUGGUGAAGUGUGCAGCCACAGCCAUGAACUCUAAGCUGAUCGCUGGUCAGAAGGAGUUCUUCAGUGAAAUGGUGGUGGAAGCUGUCAUGAUGCUGGACGAACUGCUGCCCCUAAAGAUGAUCGGCAUCAAGAAGGUGCAGGGUGGAGCGCUUGAGGAUUCUCAACUGGUAGCUGGUGUGGCUUUCAAGAAGACCUUCUCCUACGCCGGCUUUGAGAUGCAGCCGAAACGCUACGAGAACCCCAAGAUUGCUUUGCUCAAUGUGGAGCUAGAACUGAAGGCUGAGAAGGACAACGCAGAGGUCCGCGUCAAAUGUGUAGAGGACUACCAGGCGAUUGUCGAUGCUGAGUGGAGCAUCCUGUACGAUAAACUGGAUAAGAUCUGUAAGUCCGGAGCAAAGGUCAUUCUGUCCAAACUGCCCAUCGGAGAUGUGGCCACGCAGUACUUUGCUGACCGGGACCUGUUUUGUGCUGGACGUGUUCAGGAAGAGGAUCUCAAGAGGACCAUGAUGGCCUGUGGCGGAUCCAUCCAGACCAGUGUUGGUUCCAUGACAGACGAUGUCUUGGGCCGAUGUGAAGUCUUUGAGGAGUUGCAGGUUGGAGGAGAGAGGUACAACUUCUUCAAAGGUUGUCCCCGGUCCCAGGCAUGCACCAUCAUCCUGAGGGGUGGUGCCGAGCAAUUCAUGGAAGAGACGGAACGUUCCCUACAUGAUGCCAUUAUGAUCGUGCGCAGAGCCAUCAAGAAUGACUCCAUUGUUGCUGGUGGUGGUGCAAUAGAAAUGGAGCUCUCCAAGUAUCUGCGGGAUUAUUCCCGGACCAUUCCUGGGAAGCAGCAGCUGCUGAUCGGCGCGUAUGCCAAAGCACUGGAGAUCAUCCCUCGACAGCUGUGCGAUAACGCAGGGUUCGAUGCCACCAACAUUCUCAACAAGCUUCGUGCCAAACACGCCCAGGGGGGUAUGUGGUAUGGUGUGGACGUGAACAACGAGGAUAUCGCUGACAACUACCUUGCUUGUGUUUGGGAGCCCUCCAUCGUGCGGAUUAAUGCCCUGACCGCCGCCAGUGAGGCUGCCUGCCUCAUCCUCUCUGUGGACGAGACCAUCAAGAACCCCCGCAGUAGCGUAGAUGGGCCACCAGGGGGCGGUAGAGGCAGAGGACGCGGGAGACCCCACGCUCACUAGAAUGGGAUUGCUCUCUAAAACCUCUGACCUGAACCCCCCCCCCCCCCCUUCCAGAGCCUUAGAUAGACAGGAAAACUAGGUGAAUAGAAUUUUAAAGCACUGUACCAUGUCGGUGCUGUUGAACCCUCAUUUGGGUUCAGAUUCUGUUCACCUUUGACAAUGUUUGUCUUUUGAGAUGUUUAGAACCAACUCUUAUGGCUUAGAUAUAAUUUUUUUCUGUUGGGGUUUCUUGGGUUCUGUGUGUAUGGCUCUACUUAAGGCCAUUCAAGGUCCCUUUUAAGUUGAAUUACGAAGGGAAUAGAAUUGCAACACUGCGUGGUUCUCUGGAAUAUGGCUAGCAUGGUAGAAUUCAGUUCUUCCCCUUCUCAAUCCCUCUGCCUGUUUAUUUUGUCCAGUUAUUUCAGUGUACGAGUUGGUGAAAAGCACUUCAUUAUCAUUCAUAAAGUAAUGUAAUGUCAGACAGAAAUCCACUGUCUGAGAUUCUCAUGCAUUACACUGAAAAAACUGGAAACAUUUCAGUCUCCUGGUUCCAAUGCCUCCAUCCAGUUCCCUUUACCUUCCUACAGCCAUUGCCUAGGUCCAAGUCAAGGACGCUGUUUUGUGAUUCCUAUACCUGUCAUAAGCACUGAGUCAGUCUUGUUGAGGAAAUUGUUUUUGUUCCUUUGCCAGUGGAACUAUUUAUUGGACCAUUAAAAUCAAUACUUCCACACUUCA